CUAGCUGCUGUUUAACCAGGCCUUUGCUUUUUGCUCCUUUGCAUGAAACCUGAGCAGUUCCUGGUACAGGUCAGCAUACUGCAAGGCUGACAAGGCCUUCUAAACUGGUUCACUACAAGCCCUGCAAGGCCUUCUGAUUAGGCUCACUCUUCUUGUCCUGGGAAGUCUUACUGAAGUGGCUCACUGAUCCUGUCCUGGAAAGGCUUCCUGUUCAGGCCUACUCACCCUCAUCUGGCCUGGCCAGGCCUCUGAUAGAAGCAAGCUGACUGUAUGGCUACUGAGGCCUCCUGAACGGUUUCACACGCCUUUGGCCUGGCAAGGCUUCAUGAUCUGGCUCAACCCCAGCCUGGCAGGAGUGUGUGAUAAGGCCCCCUACCCCCUCCCAAGGAGGAAAGGCUUCCUGAACAGAGUCUUUGACCCAGCUCUAGCCCUGCAGCUCGUGUAGAGAGAAGCCAUCCUUCUGUAGAAUGGAGACUUGGAAUAUAUCUGUAUAUUAACCGUUUGCUGAUUGAGGAAUAUACCCUACCUGUUUUGCAGUGCACUGCUGAUCUCUGCAGAAGAAAUGCCAAUUGUUUGACUUCGAAAUACCUCCUGAUUGCUGUGUUCUUUGCCUCUGCUUCGAUCCUUCUUGCUGUGUAAUUCGGAGCUUCGUACAGGCCUGUGAAUGUGUUGCUCUGUCUCUGCUGUUGGCUUCCUGUGCAGCCUAGUGCAUUGUUUGUUCCCAAGUGGUAGGUUAUAUUAACUCUUCCCGUGCCAGACCCAUGAAUACUGAAGGCAGUCAGUGUGUUUUAGCAUGGCAGUGUUAGCAUUCUUUAAUGGCAUUAAGUAAAGUGCAGUGGUAACUACCAGAGAACACGUACUAUAAGAAUUAAUGUCCUGCUGUAUUUUAAGAACAUCUUUUACACUAUGGCUCCUGUAAUGUUUUUGUCUUGGAUAUGAACGUGUAAGCUAUAUCGGUGGCAGAGGCUCACCCCUGUGUGGGGUAAGUGCUGUAUUGCAUAAUUGUGUGGUUAGGUGUUGGUGCAAAUGACAGUGUGUUGCAGUACAAUCGGUAUUACUUUUCACAGCCUUAUGUCUGGGUAUAUUUCUGGUGCGAUUCACCUCCCCCUUCUGCCAGACUGUUUUUCCUUGCUGCAGAAUCAAUUCCCAGUCCAGAAAGGAUUGGUUUACAGUAUAACUCUAUAGGUGUAGUGUUUACUACCUUCCUAUGGGAAGUUGAUUUACUUAUGUAAUUUCCACUCUAUCCAGCUGUUGAUUUCGGAGGUAGUAAGUCAGUAAUGCGGCCUUGUCUGUCAACCUCACUUACCUGUACUGUAUUCUCUAAUGUUUUAGGCUAACCGUCUAUUCUAGGCCUCUCCAGCUAUAUUGCUUCAGAUAUCAAUGAAAUACAUAUAUAUUAUAAAUAUAAGCCAAACGUCAUUAGGGCAGCUUUGUAAUAGUGCUUCAUUCCUAGGAGAGUAGUGUCAAUCCAGCAUCGCCCAUAAUGCCUCAUGUCUUUACAGUGCAUGGCAAAAAGUUGGGUGACCUAAAUCCCCUGGACAGUUCCCUAGGCUUAAGGCAGGGCUUGACAAAUCUGCUUAGAAUGUAGGAGCCUGCUAAAAAUGUUGGGAGCCAGGUUAGUUAAACUAAUAGUUUCAUUUUGAACGACAGAAAUUAAAUUGUUAAAGGGACAAUAUAAUCACCAGGCCCAUUACUGCUUAGUGUAGUGGUUGUGGUGUCUAUAUAUUGUCCCUGCACAUUUUUCAAUCUUAACACGGCCUUUUCAGAGAAAUCGCAUUGAGGAAAAAAGGUGAGUAAACACCAUUUUCACGAGAUCGGGACAUACACACUCACUGACAGACACACAGACACUCAGUGAUUUGGAACACACUCACUGGCAGAGAUACUCUCCUUCACAGACACACCCAUUUUCUCAUACACUCAAAAAUAUUUUUUUUAUUUAAGUCCACCAAGCCUCCCUACUUUUGGGAGACCCGGAGUGGAUCCUUUCGCAGUGAGCUGCUCUGUAAUCUUCAAGCUUUUCUUUGUUUGCUCCUUCGCGCGCUGUUUAGUGAUGUCGAGGCCGGAGUGACGUCAUAUUCCGGCACCCAGCUCACUGCCGCAAGGGAGCAGAGUAAGAAUAGCAGGAAGAUUACAGCUCCCUACAUGCUUGCUGGGUCGGCCGCCUGGCCACCUCCAUGAUCCCUCGGUUGAACAGGCUAACAAACAUCCAGGUGCCAGGACAAAAUUCUUAUUCGCCAUGGCAACCUAGUGCCUGCAAUUUGUCUAGCCCUGGUUUAAAGAACCACUAUAGUGCCAGGAAAACAUACUCGUUUUCUUGGCACUAUAGUGGCCUGAGGGUGCCCCCACCCUCAGGGACCCCCUCCCGCCAAGCUCUGGGGAGAGGAAGGGGUUAAAAUCUUACCUUUCUUCAGCCCCGGGCGAGGGAGCUCCCGCCUCCUCUCCUCCUCUUCGGCUGAAUGCGCAUGCGCGGCAGGAGCUGCGCGCGCAUUCAGCCAGUCUCAUUGGAAAGCAUUCAUAAUGCUUUCCUAUGGAUGCUGGCGUCUUCUCACUGUGAUUUUCACAGUGAGAAGCACGCAAACGCCUCUAGCAGCUGUCAGUGAGACAGACAUUAGAGGCUCGAUUAACCCAUUUAUAAACAUUGCCGAUUCUCUGAAACUGCUAUGUUUAUAAAAAAAAGGGUUAAUCCUAGCUGGACCAGGCACCCAGACCACUUCAUUAAGCUGAAGUGGUCUGGGUGUCUAUAGUGGUCCUUUAAGGGGACGCUGAAGAUGCUUUGAACUGUGACUGCAAUGAUUUGUAGCCAUGCUUUACCUUGAACAGAAUGAUGAGAGUCCUAGUCAACAGCAUUUAGAGGUCAGUUGCACCCUCUAAUUACUGUAGUUAGUACCCUAACCCUAAAAAAAUGUCUACCUUCUUAACCAAACCAAAAUGGUGCAAUUGAUGAUGUCUCUUAUGAAUGGCAUUGGAAUGAUAGCCCUCUCUUUACAGUUUUACUCAAAUAUUGCCCUACAUUUUUAAAACCCUGUUUUCACUGAACUAUUUUGAAUGGAUACUUUUAGAGAUUUAGCUCAGCAAGAGCUGGAGAACAAUAACCUGCUUUAGAGGGCCCCUCUUGGCCAGUGGUGAGCAAAUGGUAGGUACCGAGAUUUUGUAGAACUGCAGCUUUCAUUAUGCUUUGACAUUCUAAAGUCUAGCAAAGCAUCAUGGCAGCUGUAGUUCUAUAACUCAUGGGAAUGUACUGUAUGCAGUAUAACCAUUUCAUCUUGUUAAUUUGGUAUAGACUUAGAGCCUGGAGACCCUUGGUGCAGUCCCUGCAUUUAGUAUUAAACUAUUUUGGAUUGGUUUAGCAUUGAAAGAGGAGGGUCCCUGGCCAUCCAAAGCCUGCUCCCCACAGGUGUUAUAGCUAACGCAGAGAUUCCAAUUUUCGUCAUACACAUACAUACCAGCAGUGGAGUGCUGUGAUAAACAGAGUGGUCAGCUGACACUCUCGUACUUCCUCAUUAGUCCUAGUAGCACAGAGGAGCUGGGAUGCCAGGACCCUUCUUUAGCAUUAAACCAUGCACAAAAUGGAGGGACUGCAACCAGGGACUCCAAUGAGAUCGUGAUUACAGUGCCUAGAGUGUCCUUAUAAGUAUACCACAACUGAUGCACAUCCACAGACAUGCAACAGUAGAGUGGAGGCUCCAGCCAUCAGGAAGCUCUCAUUCGGCAGUAUGAGGUUAGAGGUUUGUAUGGAAUGUGUACUUCAGCCAAUAGCAGUAGUUCCAGUCAUCAGAUCCGAUGACUGGAGCUGAUAAAUAAGCUUUAACAGCCUAUUGAUAGCUCUGUUUAGCAGCCUUUUGAUGUAUACUAUUCUCUUUUACAUUCUGAGGGGAAAAGAGACAGUGGCCCUGAAUUUGACAAAUCUAUGGAUUUAUAAACUAUGUGAAAGGGUACAUGGACCUUCCUUGCAACAUAACGUGCGCAAUGGGCAAGGGUUUCUGUAUUGCUUGGAGUGUCCCUUUAAUGUGUCCUUACGUAGGAUUGGAACAGUAGCUCAUAUUGUACAACAACAGAAAGCAGCUCUGCACCAUCUCCUGUAUCAUGUGACCCCCUGGUUUCAUCCAGAGCUUUUGCUCCUUGACUUUUACAGGACAAAGUAAGAUCUGUCCCCCCUCAGCCAGGAAUUCCUGCUUACCAGCCCUUUGUGCUCCUCUCUCACCGACAGGACACAUAGUGACAGAUGUUAGGGACAGCAUAACAAGGCAGAGUUUGUAGAUCCCAUUGCACAUAGGGGGGGGCAAAGGGGAGGCCGCAGCUUUCUGCUUCAUUCAGCACCAGCUCUGAAUGACAUCAACAAUUCUGUAUGAGCGGCCAUGCGGGAGGGAUCAGGCCUAGCUUGUAAGGGAUGAUGGAUUUUUCAGUAAGCCAGGCAGAGCUCAGUAUUAGGGCCUCAUACCCAAACCCAUUCGCUGCUAGCCGGCUCCAGCAACUCAUGGAGGUCCAGUUUACACAGGUAGUAAAACACAGAUUAGGACGGCUGCUUUUUUACAGCUAUUUGUUUUUUCACUGAGCCGACAACACAGCAUUCCUUCGAUUUCCUGUUAGAGGAUUUACUGGGCCUCUAAGAAACUGUGAGAGGAAAAGGUCCUAUAGUUUUGUUUUUAAGUUUAUACUUGAGUUCGAGAGAAAGGUAUAAAUGUAAGUACUUGGAAUCUGAGUGAAAAUGUGAUUAUAUGCUAACAUGCCUGCACAUGUAUGUUCUCUCCUAGGUGACGGGGUGUAGUUCAUCAUGGGCGAUAUGAAAACCCCUGACUUUGACGAUCUCCUGGCCGCAUUUGACAUUCCCGACAUGGAUGCGAAUGAAGCCAUUAACUCUGGGCCUGAGGAGGAGGAGGAGGGAGAGGAAGAAGAGAAGCCAUCAGUAGGAGAUGUAGUGAGCACUGAACAUGGUUUACCACAUGCAGAUAUCACGGCUGUUAGUGUCAUAGUAAAGAACACUGUGUGCCCAGAGCAAGUGGACCCACUGGAUGUACACAGCAAGGAAAUUACAGGCCUUGGAGCUCGGCUAUUGCAUAAUGGGUUCAGUAGUCCAGACAUCAUCCGAUCUUCUGCACCAAGGUCUGUAGAAUCUGUCCCCACUGCUUCCAAUGGAGGGGAGAGCUGGACCCCCCGGCCAAAAGGUGUUAAGCCCAUAGAAUUAUUUACUGACUUUAGUACAGUGGACAAUCCUAUAGAUAGCCACGCAGCGGACUUAAUUGACAGACCACGAGAUAUUAAGCCAAAGGAAAGGCCAAUAUUUGAGUCGCCUGAUCCUGUUCUGUGUCGCUCUCCUGUGGAUUCUGUGUUGGAAAGCAGCCACAGUCUUACUAGGGUGGCGCCUCCAGCCUUUUCCAUCAGUAAGAUCACUGCAGAUAAUUCAUCACUAGGACGGUGUUUGGCAGCUCCCUCAAUCAAGGAGGAGCCUAUAGAUGAGAGGAUGGAGAGUCCAUGUCCUCAGUUGGAUGUUGCUUCAAAGGACAUUGGUUUGGAACAUUUGAAAUCCGUCACUGUUCACUACCCUAAAGACACCCCACCUGUCCCUUCUUGGACAGGCCCAAUUACAAAAUCAGAGAGUAGCACUAACAACAUCCCUGAAAAAAAGAGUCCUCAAAACUACCCAGAGGAUGGAUUUCUCAAAACUGCAGGGGACCCUGAACCAGCUGUGGAUCUCCCAGGUGCCUCACCAGAGCUUAAAAGAAGCCCAGUAACUACAGUAGUGGGAGUAAAGGAGGAGCCAUGCUGGAGCCCAAGGAGUCUAUCCAGUGAUGUUGAGGAUGAAGAUGGCAUCAGUUCUCCAUCUUCAAACUCUUCCAGACCACUGAAAGUUCGCAUCAAGACAGUAAAGACCCAGUCAGGAAGUAUCACCAGAACAGUCACAAGGGUAUCCUCUGAUUCAGAUACAGUAUCUUCAAUGCAAAUUACAGAGGAAACCCCCCAAGAGCCAGUCUCUGAGCCCCCUCAGGAGAAAGGCGUAGAUGCAAAAGAAGAUGUCACGCAAACCCCUGUGAAUGAGAAAUCAGACUCUUCUGGUCCUGCCAAGAUGGAACCGUCACAGAUUCCCAAAGUGCAGUUAGGAAAUGGGGUAAAACUGAAAGGAUCAGUGCUGCCAGUGUCCACCAUUCAGAAUGCAAGUAGUGUGAUGCUAAUGGCUGCUAGUGUAGCACAGCAGAAAGCAGUUGUCAUGCCUUCUAAGGCUAGCAAAGUUAUGACCAAGAACAUCAUUCACCUGGUGCAGCAGCCACUUCCAAACGCAGCGUCUCUGACUAAUAUCAGUGCUGGAAGCCAAGUGUCUUCAAGCACCACAGUCACCACCACAGCAAGCCCCCAGCGUAAUGCUACUGUGCUGAUGGUACAGUCACAGAAGCCAACCCCUGCUGUAGCUGGGACAGUCAUCUCCCGGACACAAUCGAGCCUAGUAGAAACUUUUAACAAGAUCCUUAACAGCAAGAACCUACUUCCAACUUACAAACCGAACCUCAGCCCGCCAGUCGAAUCUAGCCUGAGCCUUCCAGUCUUUGGCUUCCGCUGCUUGGAGUGUGGGGACUCUUUUGCCUUGGAGAAAAGCUUGGCCAGACACUACGAUAGGCGGAGCAUGAGGAUUGAGGUGACCUGUAACCAUUGUACCAAGCGCCUUGUGUUCUUUAACAAGUGCAGUUUACUCCUCCAUGCCCGUAAACACAAGGACAAUGGACUCGUCAUGCAGUGCUCACACCUGGUAAUGAGGCCUAUAGCCUUGGAGCAGAUGAUCGGGCAACCCGAUGUCACACCACUGGUUUCAGUUGCUGUCUUGACGCCAGGGAAGGCAGCUACCCCUGGCCCUGCGCCAGAAUCUGCGGCAACAGCUAGUGCCAGCAGUGACUCCUCCAAUCUCUCUGGGAACGGAAACUGUGACCAAGCCGUCUACUCCACUUUUAGAUGUUUAGAGUGCAAGGAGCAGUGUAAGAAUAAAGCUGGACUGGCUGUCCAUUUCCAGCAGCCUGGCUCAACCACAGCAUCUCGCAAUACCGUAAGUAUUUCUUAAAUUAAACAUGGUGGGUAAUAGGUGCCAAUAUAUACAUUGUAUACACCUAAUGUUCCAAAGUCUGUUCAAGGAACCAAUCUCAAUGUAGGCAAAGUUGCACCUUUGCGGUAGUUAUAGUGAUAUUGACUGCCAAGAUUUGCGCUAUUGAUGUGAAUUCUGAUGAUGCUAAUAUAUAGCACUUUUACUGUUUCUGAAGUCAGAGCAAACCUUAUCUGUGGCAAAUUCACUUCCAGCUAUAAUAAAUAACAAAUAGUUGUUGUCUGGUGCAGGAAUUUAGAAUAGCUGGAAGCUAGGUAGUCUGGUGAGAAUCCAGCAGGUAAGUUUAACAGGGUCUGAGCAAGUUGGGCAUAAUGCUGGCAGGUAGUUGGUAUGUUCUAGCAGGCACAAAGCUGGCAUGUUAGGGAAACAAUGGUUUGAUUAAUGGACAAGUGCUCGGGUUGGCAUUCAUACAUUGGGAGGUUAGUGCGUGAACUUACUGACUGUGCGGCAAUUGGUGUGCUUGGCAAAAAGCUUGAAGGUUUUGUUUUUAAAACUGUUGUGUUUUGCUAGUAUUUGCCAGUUUCUGAUAUCUGACAUAUUUAGCAGAAAGAAGGAAGAUUGGUAUGUUUGUCAAACUGCUGGCAUAAUUUUCAAAAUCGGUAUGUUUGACAAAAAAACUAGUUGCUAUAGUAAGACACUGACAUGUUCAGCAGGAGUUUUUAGAUGCUAGCUGGCAGGAACGUGGCAGUCUCUAAGGGGGAGAAUAUAGUAUAUUUGGCAAGAAAUUGGGAUGCUGCCUUCGCUUCAACAUGUCUGUUAUGUCUAGCAAAUAAUAUUUUUGGGCACUGUUUUACAGGUGUGCUCUCUUUGUCCCAUGAUGAUGCCUAAUCGGUGCAGCUUUGAAGCUCACCAGCGUAUGCACAAGCAGAGCCCCCCUCAUGUGUGCCCUGAAUGUGGAGGCAACUUCCGUAUUGAAAACUUCCAGACUCACCUGAAGGAAACCUGCCUUCACUUCUCUCGCAGGAUUGGUUACAGGUAUGGCCUGAUGUGUGUGUGUGUUCAUGGGUAUAGCAUAGCACUGGGUAAAUACUACUACCAUCUAAAUGAUACAGUGGUUUGGAGGUGUACAGACACUUGCUAAAUGUGUAUUUAAAACAUUAUAAUGGAUGAUUAAGACUGUGGGAUUUAUAUACAGGAAAAUGAAAACUGAAUUUCCAGAUUUAGGCCAAAAAAUUAUAAUCUGCCAAUUUUACCAACUGUACCAGCUAUUUUGUUUGGUUUUGAUUCUGCAUGGUUCACUGCUUGAUUAACCCAUUUGUUAAUGUAUCCUAUGCUGCAGGUGUCAGAGCUGUGCUGUUGUUUUUGGAGGGCUGAAUUCCAUCAAGUCCCAUAUCCAGACAUCCCACUGUGAGGUUUUUCAUAAGUGCCCAAUAUGCCCCAUGGCAUUCAAAUCUGCACCCAGUGCUCAUGCCCACAUAUAUACCCAACAUCCAGGAUUCAGCAGUCAGCAAGCCAAGUGAGUGAUGCAUGUUACAGGGAUUUGUGUUCAGUGGGAGUGUGGGAUAGUAAGGGCAAUGGGGACAGUGCCUGUAAGUAACCCUUGGCCAGACAAUGAAUUUAAGCAUGUCUUCCUCCCCGUUUCUUUUUUCACUAGGAUGAUCUAUAAAUGUGCAAUGUGUGACACUGUCUUUACCCACAAACCUUUACUCUGCGCCCAUCUGGACCAUUCGCACUUUGACCAACAGCUAGCUAAUCAGAGGGUCAGUGUGUUCAAGUGCCCAGAAUGCCCUCUACUCUUUGCCCAGAAGCGCACCAUGCUGGAACAUCUGAAGGUAUGCUCUUAGGAUGCUAAGCUUGAUGUUUAGAUAGCUAAUAUUAUCCUUUUUCCGACAGUUGAGGCGUACUUUGCCAUGCUACAAAAGGAAGGCUUUAACGACGUUAGGGUGGCAUAGCACACUCUAACAAUUGGGUCCACCCUGCUAGCAUACUUAUGGCUUGUUCACUGAAUCCGAUCGGGGGACUGCCUGACUACCAAUCCAAGUCAUGUAAUCGCGAUGACCCUACUGCGUUGUCAGGCAGAUCCCCUAACAUAUAAUUGGUAUAAUCCUAUAAUUAUGUAUAAAUCAUAUAUAAAUAUACACUUGGAAUGGGAAAGAAAAUUAUUAUAUAUACUUAUGUAUUUUCAUUCUACCUAUAAAUGUAUUCUUUUUACAUAAUUAUGUGAUUCUAUUAAUUAUAUAUUGGAGUACCUGCCUAACAACCUAGGCAGAAAGUCCAGAGAAUUUAAUUUGCAACCACUACAUUUGACCCUGUAACUUUCCAAAACACCAUUAUACCUGUAUGUAUGGGUUACUGUUGUACUCAUGAGACCUUGAUGGACACAAAUAUGUGUCUUUUAUUGCAGUAAAAAAACAAAAAACAGUAUUAUGACAUUCACGGUUAAAAUGCCAUGCAGGCAAAUAACAGCAUUUCUUAAUUUCUCACAUUAUUUAGAUGUUGUUCAUUUUAAAUGAUGUUCCAUAUAUACAUUUAUUUGAUGUGAAAUGAAAGCCCUGUUUCUACUGAAUAAACUGAUACAUAGUCAAAGUCCCAGUUUAGUCUUGAUCAAAACCUGAGCAAUUGCCUCCUUCCUUAAGGGAUUAUCAUUUAUGUAUAGCACCAACAUAUUCCACAGCACGUUACAACAUUCUAAAAGGGGGUAAUAAAAUAAAUGAGACAAUUAAAGGAACAAUAGAUUGGUGAGUACUCUGCACGAAAGAGCUUACAAUCUAGAAAUCAUUAAUGCUUGGUGCCUGGGCUCCGUAACAGGUUUCUUGCUUUGUGUCAUUGUGAUAAACAUUUUUCUGGCAGUGCAGGUUGCUGGGUUCUCCUUUUUUAUAACAUUGAUUUUUUUAUUUUUUUAUUUUGCAGACCACACACAAUAGCCAUAUUAGAGAGGAUCCCCCUCAGGCCCCUGAGUUACUCAGUCCCAAGCCAGAGCCAAUGGAAGUCCCAGUGACAAAGCAGCCGGACACAGAGGCGGAACCAGAAGCGGAGCCAGAACCGGAGCCAGAACCAGAGAUAGAAGAAUCUUCAUCCUCUGACAUGCCUAGCUCCCCUGAGGUGCGCAAGAAAACAAAGACGAAAGAAGCCCAAAAGGCAGAGGGACCACGACAGAGGAGUAACUGUUGGACUUGUGGCAUCUGCCAUUCGUGGUUCCCAGAGAGAGACGAAUAUGUAACUCAUAUGAAGAAGGAACAUGGAAAGGUCAGCAGAGCAUCAUGCAUAUAAAGUGGGGAUACAUAGACUAGGGGAACUGAUGGGAUUACUGUGUAUUAUUAGUUGUUUGCAGAAGAUGAGGUAAUACCCUGAAUAUUAAUAUUUUAAUUGGAGUACAGUUAAUAAGACCAAAUUAUUUAUUUGGGCAAUCUUUAUUUUUGGUUGUGCAAAUAAGCAUAAAUGAGAUUACAAUGUGAAUGGUUGCAAGUUUCAAGAAAAACUACAUGGCAGAACAGCAUGGCAUUCUUAUGACGUGCACAGGUUUUUGUGUUGUUAAGGGUUAGAAAUACAUUAAAGUAAGGAAUCAGGAACACAACAGUUGCUGCUUGCUCUAAGGCAUUCAUAAGUACUCUGCAGGAUGUAAGGCUGUAUACAGCAGUACCCAGGACCCGUCUCUACUGAGCUCUAGCGUGGCUAAAUUAAGUGUGUGUUAGGUACCGGAUGUCAAGUUCAGGUACAGGUGUGCCUGCAUUGUUACUGGCACCAUAGGCCCGGCUAUGCAUCGGUUUAGGCACAAUGAUCGUAAGCGUGUCCUUAGAUGUCAGUCUGUCCCAUAUUGUGAGUCAACAGGUGUUACGGUGAGACACUCAAAAGCGAAUAGUAAGUGGGGCUUGGUCUUCUGUUAAUGGGUCCAGUGCCCACUGUCGACCCCUACAGCUGUGUCAUGCCCCCUCUCCGUAUGGCGUCAGUGUCGAGGUUGCGGUUAGUCAUGUGUGGAGAGCACUGUGUCCGCCCUUGCGGGGAAAGAGUGGUGGAGGGAAGGAGGGGGAAGAGGGAGGGGGAGGGGAAGGUGUAGGGAGAGGUCUGCCAGAUUACUGGGACAAACAUAUAUAGCUGUAAACCUAGAACCUCCUGCAAUGUUUGGUCACUCUCAGAGCUAAUUAUCUGCAGGAGCAAAAUCAGGCUCUCUAACUGAAAGAGUUUAAAGAGCAGAUCCCAUGUAGGGAAAGUUGGUCUCUGUCAGUUAUUGUAUGUUUGAUGAUUUAUUAUUUUUUUCUUUUCCUGCUUACUUCAGUCUGUAAAGAAAUUUCCAUGCCGUCUUUGUGAACGAUCAUUUUGCUCAGCACCCAGUUUGCGCCGUCAUGUCCGGGUCAAUCACGAAGGCAUUAAACGAGUUUAUCCGUGCCGGUAAGUACACCACCCACUCACUCUGUGAUUAAGUCAGUAGUCGUUGAUUGACCUAUUGUUAUAUUUUCUCGUUCUCCAACAGAAAAAGCAUAUAUCAAUACAGUUUAUCUAAAAAAUGUUUUACCAGGAAAAAUACACUGGUUUGUAUUCACUAAACAAAGUGUUGUGGGGAAUCUAAAAUUUUAUUAUGAAACUUGGGCCAGGUUUGGCACAGUCUCUUUUCAAUUCACCACUGACUGCUCAGGGUGUGUGGGUUAGUGUAGCUGUAGUAAGUAUGCUACUGAACCUAUAUGGAGCUUAGCAAGCUUGUGGAACUGGAUGGACCGCACUGUUAGGAUGGCGUGUUGUGCUGGAGAGAGCAUGCCACUUGUGUGGAGUCGGCGCAUGGUGUAGGGGCUGGAGAGAAUGUGCUGCUCAAGUUAUUUACAACAUGUUAGACUUUGUCUUGAUAAUUAGUUGGAGAUAAGCAGUCAUGGCUUUGUUUUAAAUAUCACUGUCAUCCAGUCUGGUUUGAUUUUUAUUAAGUCCCACUAUCUCACUUGUAGGCAACCAGUGCUGUCAGCACUCCAGAUGUUGUGGACUACAUCUAACCUGAUGCUUUGCCAACAUUAUGGCAGUAAGAGCACUGUGUGAGAUGUAGUUCACAGAAUGUAUAGUGCUGAAGGUUGCCUAACGAUUCGCUUCACACGUGCUUAGUGCACGUCAGUAUAUUUUGGGUAAAUUAUUUAAAUCAGCCGUGUCACCUUCAGUAAUCUUUAUAUGUUUUGCAAAGACCCUCAAAGGUGACAUCCCUGCCAGCAAUGCAGUGGAAGGUAGGUUAAGUGCCAGGGGCUUUCUUUAGCCCCUGGCACUUAAUCUUCAUCAGUGCUGUAUUCCCAACACUGCAUCCUUUAUAGAUCAAGUCUUGCACUAUGUGAGAAAAAGCCUGAUUUCCACAAAUAUUGCUAGUGCCGACUGUGGAAAUUGACAAAAAGUUAGCACAGAAAACAAAGUAGUCCAUUUGUCUAAUGAUAUCUUUUGCCAGCAUAUUAUUACAAUUUUAUCUUCACGAAAUACUCAAACUAUAUGGUCUUGUAAUAGCACCACUUUAUUUAAGGAGUAUAAAUAAUUGCUGGGAGCUGCUGACUGUUAACUUCAGCUUGUUCAAAUGCAUUAUGUUAACUGAGCUUAACAUACGACACUGGUGUCUAGUGAUGUCCCGAACGGUUCGCCGUGGACUCAUCGAGUAAACUUUGACCCUGUACCUCACAGUCAGCAGACACAUUCCAGCCAAUCAGCAGCAGACCCUCCCUCUCAGACCCUCCCACCUCCUGGACUGCAUCCAUUUUACAUUCUUUGUUAAGCUGCAUUCUUAGUGAGCUGUCCAGGAGGUGGGAGGGUCUGGGAGGGAGGGUCUGCUGCUGAUUGGCUGGAAUGUGUCUGCUGACUGUGAGGUACAGGGUCAAAGUUUACUCAGUGAUGAGUCCGCGGCGAACCGUUCGGGACAUCACUACUGGUGUCUCCCAGAUUACCAUGGGUGAUAUAGACCUCAUGGUCUAAGUUAGUGCCUCUGAUUUCAGUUCUAUGCCCCAUUUCUGCUUUUUAUCUGGCCAGACUAUUAGCAGUUUGAUAGAUCAAUAGUGUUUGUUGCCAUUACAUUGGCCUAAAUGCAUUAAUAUAAUACUUGGCUCACUCCCCACCUCAAACUAAGUGUAAAGCAUUUUGGGGUUUUUAGGAACAGCUUGUCUGUGGCAUGUAGUGUUGCUGUGUGUUAAUGCAGUGACGUAUUGGUGUAAAUGCUGGGGAGUGUCAGGAUGUGGAAGGUCAGUGUGUGCAGGGAUGUGUGUGAGAAAUGUUAGUAUGUAGCGGUGUACAUGUUAGUGUGCUUGUGUGAAUUAUGGUCUAUACGUGUGUAAAUGGAGAGGUGCAAGGAGAUUUGUUUGAGGCGUCAUUUUGUGUGAAGUACUGCUUCAGCUAACUCAGAUUAUCACAGGUCCCAUGUAGCUGACAUUGUAAGUGUAUAGAAUCAUGGUAUGUGAUAAAUUAUUAAAAGGAAACAUCAGUAUAGCUUCAUGGACCCCAUGAUAUAAAACAUAACUUUUAUUGGCAGGCUUCAUGAUCCAAAAAACACCAGAGCAUUAGUAGCGUGAUGAAGGUAAAAAAGAAAGUACACAUAAAAUGAUGAUAAAAAUAGUUUACAAAAACUGAUGCAGAAAUCCUCCAUAUCUGCCUUGUGUUUUGUGUGAUUAGCCACACUUAUUCAUAAGCACGUGUUGCCUUAAUACACCAGCGAGAGCAAUUUUUAUAAACUAUUGUUUAAUAGAUGACAGGCUUUUCACUCACCAUAUUGUCUCACUCUCUCUCCUCUGCUUACUACCCUCCAGAUACUGUACUGAAGGGAAGCGUACAUUCAGCAGCCGCCUCAUUCUUGAAAAGCACAUCCAGGUCAGACACGGGAUCAAGGUCACAGACCAGACACGGAGUCAGGAAAUCCUGGUGUCCCGCAACGGAGGUAGAUUGCAGGUAUGUUGCUCUACAGAUCUUACAAAGAGUCAAGAAUUCCAAAAUGUCUUUCAGAUACUGCAACCUCUGUUACUGAAUAUAUUACAUAUCUAUAAUUAGCCAUACAUAGUAAGUUUAAAGGUACAUUGUCUUGUGGCAAGUAUUAACAUGAUUUCACUAAUGUGUGAAUUGAAAGCAAUUAAAAUGAAUACUAUAGCAUUAUGAAUAUAAACAUGAUUCCCUGAUGCUAUAGUUUAAAUCUAUUUGGGUUCCCCCCAUCCAGCCAUGUGAGGGUUUGAAAGGUGCAAUUUACAUUAUUCACGGCUCUUGUUGCAUCACUUUCCACCUCGCUUCUCGCCUCUUUGGCUGAAAUCAGUGUAGAGGAUCUCAGCCAAUCCAGUGUUUCCCCCAUAGGGAAACAUUGGGAGGCUAGAAUGCAUGCGCAGCAAAACCCUGCUCUGCGCCAAUCAAACGUUCUCUAUAAAAUCAUCUGAUUGUAUAGUCAACUUUAUUUUGGCUAUUCAGGAGGAAGCUCCUAUAGAGGCAUGCUAACCCUGCAAUGUUUUCAGUUGUGGGAUUAGGAGUACAGGGACAUGGCACCCAGACCUCUGCUUGGAGGUGAUGUUGUCUAAGUGCCUAUAAAGUCCAUUUCCCAUUUUACGAAAGAAUAGCCAAAGUGGAAAAAUUCCGUUCUGUUUUCUGUUUGGCUAAUUUGGCCUAAAAUGUUUAAUUCACUUAGAGUUCUCAACACUUGUUUGUGUUGGCAAAAUGCCAGCAAACCUAAGGAAUAAAAGGUUUAGUAACCUGAAAUUUGAUUGAAUUCUCCAAAUGUAAGUGGUCAAAUAGUUUAAGUUCUUACCUGGGCUCUGCCAGUUGCAGCUGUUCUCGUCUCUGUAGCCUUUAGGGGAGCCUCUAAAGAGAGCAUCAGUCAAUCCCCAUUAGGCUUCCCCCAGACCAGUGGUGCCGCUUAGAGGGGGGCCAUGACCUCCUACAUCAUGUUGUGCCCCCCAAUGCAGGCACUGUAUCAAGGGCAAUGUGCUUGGGUUUUUUAAUAAUUCCUGGUGGAGAAUAAUGAAUCCUCCACCCAGGAUUAGUUAAAAAAAAACAACACACACAUUGUGGUGGGGCUUACUGUGCUGUUAGUCUGCCUAUCCACACUGUCAUCCCCACACCCUGCCCCUCACACUGUUACCUUCCAACACACUGCCCCCCACACUGUCACCUUCCUACACACUGCACCCCUCUACUGCCACUUUCCUGCACACUGUCCUCCCCUUUUAGCCCACAGGUAAGAGGCAGGGUGGGGGGUUAAUUAAAUUUAAUUUAAACAGCUCUCCCCCCCAGCACUUAUCCAACACUACAUACACUAGACACACUGCAUCCACCACACAAACACUAGUUACACUACACAGACACUGCAUCCACUACACACAUUGCAUACAAUAUAAAUGACAUCCACGACAUGGAAGAAGGGGGAGAAAGGACAUGAAAGGGAGGGCAACAGAGACUUGGAUUCUUCAAUCCAUGGGAUAGAUCCAAGCUGAACGGACAGUGCAGUUACAUCUAAGGUGUGAUACAUUACCUAUAAAACAAUAGUAAAAAGGCUGCGCCACAGGAAGGCUAAAAUAAGUUCGAUAAAUAAGUGUCCUUGCGAAUAGUCUUUAUCACAAAAAGUGCAGUGUUGAAGUCUUCAUAAACUGUAUUAGUUCCACUUACAAGACUUCAACACUGCACUUUUUGUGAUAGACUAUUCGCAAGGACACUUAAGUUGGACUUUUUAUUUAUCGAACUUAUUUUAGCCUUCCUGUGGCGCAGCCUUUUUACUAUUGGUCUAUCCGUCUUGUUUUAAAAGGGUUUGGAGGGUUUCCCUUUUUAAGCUUGGUGCCUGUCAGUUAACUAGCGCUGUCUCUCUUCUUACAUAUUUCUGUGAUACAUUACCUACCUGGCUGAGGCUGCAGUUUGCAGAGGGAUUAAGGGAGUGUGUGUAUAUAAACACACAUACAUACAUGUUUUUUAACUGACCCCCUACUUUUGUUCCUGGCCCAUCAUGCGCCCCCCUAAAAAUGAAUCCUAGAGACGCCACUGCCCCAGACAGAAUGCUUCGGACUAGCGAUCACAUGGGACGUAAAGCCCUGCUGGCACCAAGUUAGAAGUCAGACCGUUCGAAAACAGUUUGACUACUUACAUUGUGGGGUGUUCGAGAUUAUUCUGGUGUCCAUAUAAAAUUAGUUACAGAGGACAGACAGCUGUCUAGCGUUUGCCACUUUGCUGUAGUCCAGAAUCUUCCCUGUUUCCAGCAGUGUGUCUGGAUAGUUUUCGAUUUGCAAUUGACCCCUAUUGGGCAAACCAUAGCAUAGUUGGGUUUAUUUUAAGUAGGAGGCGAUUUACAUGGAACUCCUCUGGUUUUAACUCCUCAUAAGGCAGCUGUGAUGUUAGAUUGACCUUCGUGACAGAAAUAUUUCACUUACUUAUUAGAACCAAAAAUGUAAAUCCAGUUGCACCAUGCACAGAAUUAUAAAUAUGGAGAUGCAGACUGCCUUUAUAUUACUGAAACCAGGGAGCUGUAAUCAUCUGCAAGUUACUCUUCAUCUAUGGAUUACACAAUCUAUACAGUCCAUCACAGCCAUUGAUAAACUCAAUCUGGAUAUUAACCCACUAUCUGGGUUUAUUAUUAUUUACUAUGGUUUCAGGUGGAGACCAAACUGAUUGCACCUGUGUGGUGGGUGUCUAUCUGCUGGAAUUGAUUGCAGAUCAAUUGAUUCCAAACCUAGAAUAAUAUUAACUACCCACAAAUGCCAUUUAUUUUCACUGUCAAACCAAAUGCACUCCAUUUAAAGGGAAACUAUAGCUCUGGAAAAACAAAGUUGUUUUCCUGGCAAUAUAGUCCCCUCUACCUCACAACCCUUCAUCACUUUCAUGAUUCCACCGCCAAUGUCCCUCCGCGUAGGUUCAGGCUCCUCCACCGUCAGCCAGCAGAUGGACCCAAUGCACCAUGACCGCAUUAUGACUUCCCCAUAAGAAAACAUUGUAGAAUACUUACAUAUGGUGUUUUGACGCUGUAUUUUCCUAUUUAGAGCGUGAGGACAUCCAGCGUCAGUUAGAUGACCAAAAGUCACAACAAGCUAACAGUCCCUCUAGUGGUAGACAGUCAGUAGAGGUGGAGUUAAAAACUGCAAUAAUUACCAUUUGCAGGGUUAGGGACCUGGGGCAGUGCACCCAGAUGCUUUCAAUGAGCUGAAGUUGUCUGGGUGCCUAUAAUGUCCCUUUAAAGAAAACACAUUAGUCGGCAUUAACAGGAUUGAGCAAUGAGACUGCAGGGGCAUGGUUUAUACCAUGGGUCAUCAACCUGGUCCCUACUGCCCACUAGUGGGAGAUUCACACUUUCAGGUUGGCGGCGGUGGUGGGGUCUCCGUAAAAUUCCUGGUGAGCCGUGAUGUGCGGUGGAGAUCCUGUCAUCUCCCCUGCCGGCCCAUGCAGAGCCAGUCAUGCUGUGAGCUCUCUCAAGGCAGUGGGAAGAUCAAAGAUCUCCCUCAGCGGCCCGCUGGCACUUAGUUCCAGCAGUGGGAGGCUCUGUGUUCCUCUCGCGAGCAGGCUGGUUCCUCCCGUGCUCAUGGGAGGACAGGAGAGUCAGCCUGCAACCAGCAGAGAUGCAGGCUCAAGUGAAAGUGCCACCACUGGACCACCAGGGCUUGCAACGCUAUAUGCCCCUUCCCUGACAAAGGUAAGAAGAAGGGAGGGGGAAACAUUAAGCUGGAUUUGCGCAUCUCACCCACCUACACACAACAUAGACGCUAUGAACCAAUCACAUACAGAAAUACACACUGUCCACACAAAAAAAAUAUAACCGAAAAUAGAAAAGGGGUGGGGGUGGAGAUAGAUUUUAUUAAAAUGAAAGUAUAUUUGUUUUUAGUAAAAAAAAAUAAAAAAAAAUAGUUACUCUGCACUGGUGGGCGGUAGGUAUUAAAAGGUUGACUACUCCUGGGCUAUACCCUAAACUACUUCAUUAAAAAGACACUCCAGACCCGUAACAUCCACUAGAGGUGAAGUUAACCAUGCAAGGUAAUUAUUGCAGUUUAUCAAAAACUGCAAUAAUUACAAUUAAAGGCACUUCCUGCAGUGCCCCUCCCACCCACCCCCCCAUCCCAUGUUGCUGAAUAGGUUAAAACCUCUUCAGUGACUUACCUGAAUCAGGCGCUGAAGUCCCUCGGCGCUGGGUCAGGCUCCGCCCACACUUCUGGCAAUGGCCAGGCUCACGUGCAUUAGAUCUCCCCAUAGGAAAGCAUUAUUCAGUACUUUCCUAUGGGGAUUCCAGUGACGCUGGAGGUCCUCAUGCAUAGUGUGAGGAUGUCCAGCAUCGUUUAAAACACUUUGCGUGGUUUAAGAACCCGGAAGUCCCUCUAGUGGCUGUCUCAUAGACAGCCACUAGAGGACUUAACCCUGCAAGGUAAUUAUAAAAACUGCAAUAAUUACACUUGCAGGGUUAAGGGUGAUGGGAGUUGGCACCCAGACCACUCCAAUGGGCCGAAGUGGUCGGGGUGCCUGGAGUGUCCCUUGGGACAGUGCACCCAGACAACUUAAAUGAGCUGAAGUGGUCUGAGUGCCUAUAGUGUCCAUUUAACCAACACAGGUUGAAAAAGCAAAAUACUACACCCUCUUCUCUAACCACAUAAAGCUGAUUAUAUUGACUAGAUCAUGCUCUCAAUGUGAUGAUGUUUGUGUUAUCGCUAAGUGAUAGGUAAAAACAGUGUUUUGCAAGGCUUUUUGUUAGUUAAUGGGACUACUUUCUGAUUUGGAUUGUCGUUAAAAAGUCUAAGGUGUAAAUGGGGGUUUAUGUGAAUGAAUUAAUAAGACAGAUUGAGUGGUGCUAAUAGGCAGUGUCCCACAAUUCCCUGGGCAGAAGGCUUUAAUACUUAUCUUGUUCUGGUUUCUUAGGCCUCAUCCAGAAAACGGAAGAUUUCUUCAGAUGAAUCUGGCAGCGAUGAGCCCAAAAAACCCAAACCAGCACCGCAAAAACAUAAGCGAUCCUUUCAAUGCAGAGCAUGCGGUUAUAAGACUAGCAGCCUGGCUGACUUCCGACAACAUAUACCCCAGCACUGCACUGACGAGAGCUCUCAUCAGUGUCGGGAGUGUGGGGUCUGCUUUACAUCUCAAGGCUCUCUCAAACGUCAUCGCGUUAUGACACACAAAAUGAAGGGUGCACCGGCAGAGGACCCUGAGCCUCCACCUAAGGCUGGAGAGUCCUCAGAGGGUAAGCUGACCUGCCAGGUGUGCAACAAGGCUUUUGACAGCCAGCUGAAUCUGAACACUCAUUUCCGGACGCAUGGCAUGGCUUUCAUUAAACAGCGGCAGAGCGGUGGCACUGAGAACUGAGCUAGCAUUAUUCAUUGCUUCUUCCAUCCUUAAGAAGGGGUUAGAGUUACACUUUAUUUCCAUGUCUGAGCAGCACACGGAGCCAGUUCUGAAGCUUUGUGUUUACACUGCUAAUAUUAGCAGAACUAGACUAUGGAUUUUGUGCGUUUCUACCUGGGUAGGAGACUUUCUUUAUAUCUUCAAAUCGAACGCCCAGAUGUGCCUUAUUACAGUUAAAGUAAAAACCCCCAUUCCUUCCCUGCCAAUUUAAAAUAUUAUGGCCGUGUAGUGUGCUGGGACUAAACAGAAAACAGACUUUUGGUGGAUUUAAAAAAAAAAAAAAAAAAAGUCUGCACCUCUUCUGCAGUGUGGUGCAUGUUGCACAGGCCUAGAAUGUACACCACUUCAGUCUGAUCAGCAGCCUUUUAUUGAAAAAGGAAAAAAACACUGUCAAGGAAGAAGAUUUUAAUAACAGGUUACAAUUUCCACUGGACAAAAAAAAUGGUUUGUAAAACAUUGCAGUAGAUUUCCAUACUGCAAUCACUACAUACACUUUAUAAAUAUGUAAAUUACAUUAUAAAUAUAUAUUUUUCUGCAAAGGAUUUUUUUGACAAGUAGUCCAGGUUCACCUUUUUCUUUAUAAGUUUGGUUUUGUACAGGGGUAAAACAAAGCUGUGAAGAAGUUCUUAAUUUAUGAACAGAUCUGUAAGACCUCCCCAUAAUGCCUAUUUACCUGCACCAACAAUGGCAAAAAAAGGUCACUUACCCCUGAUAGGGCAGAUACUACUUUUUACAGCUUCCCUCAGUCCAAGGUAUUUGUAAAUCAGAGAUGUGAAGACAGCUGUAGGACAUGGCUCAAUCUUUGAGAAAUACCAUUACACAGGCUUUUAUCAACAUGCUUUAUUUGUGUGCAUAGUUACAGACACUGAACGUGUAUAAACUCACCCUGCAGGCUACUGUGACUAAGGGCACUAGCCAACACAUGGCCUAAAAACAGGGGGACGGUGAACAAAAAUAAAGGUUAUUUGGUUUAUCUACUGGACCAGCAAGAGCAUUAUGUGAAUUGCUGUCCGUCUAACAGGUGACACCUACUUAACGUUAUUUCUUAGCUGGGCACUGCACCUUUUUACCUUUGCCAAAGUGGUAGAGAAUGCGUUAAAUUUUCUGUUUUAUACUCCAUGAAUCUGGAGUAACCUGGAGGCUCCUCUUGUGUUCAAAGCACACCAGUGUACAUAACCCUACUAUGCAUCCAUCAGAAUUCAAUGCCCAGGCAGGAUAUCAGAGACUGUUUGAAGUAGCAUAGAUCAUAGCAGAGAGACUGUGCGUCAUCCUACAGCUGGCUCCGGCUAGUAAAGUGAUCCUGAUUUUCCUGUCUUCUCUCUCUCGCUCUCUCUCUCUGAGGUAUCCUUGUUUUUAUUAUGUCUGUAAAUGUAUUUUUAAAUUAGAUUUUUUUUUUUUUUUUUUAUUAUUAUUAUGUUUUGGUUAUUUUAUUUACUGGAUACAACUCAGCCAAUCAUGUGUAAAGUUAAUAAAUGCCUGCAUAGUACCGUUUUCUUAUACAUUCAUUGAUUACUAGAUCAGGAUGAAGUUCUGAAACAACUAAAAUAAGUACACCAUACUCAAAUAUUUACCUUCU